AUGUCCUCCCUCGUCGACCAUUUAAUUCAGCUCAGUGACAUUCUCACAAUAUCGACCACUUCAGCAGUCGCUUCCUGGGACCUCGCCUUUCUUAAACGUGCUCUGUUUCAUGCCUCGUCUGUGGAAGUAGAUCUACUUUAUUAUCCCGAGGAUGAAACAGAGAGUGCAUACCGUGAAGUGGUAGAGAGAGCGAAAAUUCAGAAACGAUGCCCUCCACAAUCAUAUGCCGAGUUUACUAUGGCAUAUCGCGAACUCUGUCGACGGUUGCUAUGUAAUAGCUAUUUGAAGAAAGAGCUGUACGCGGAUGUUCAAAUAUGUGGCAAAAACGCUGCUGUUUCUGAUCUACUCGCAGAUAUUGAAAACACUUUUCGCGAAGGAAUCGCCCAACUACCAAAUAGUCCAACAGAUAAUCGAGUAGUCAUAUCAGCGAUCAAGUAUAGACACCAGUUUGAGUUGUCAUCAACUACAAUUGAAAGACGCGCUGCAGCGAGACUCUUGAUAAAGGAUUUCUGCCCGCUCUUUGCAAAUGACAAGGCAGAUACGUUCACCAUAAAAGAACUCGAGAAAGAACUAAAUAUUAUCGCAACGCAUUCGGAUGGAAUGAUGGAAAUCAUCAUCCAUGCAGCACUUUUGUCAACACAAACCAACACAGAGAGCAUUCCUAAUGAACUCUAUGCAAUCAUUCAGGAAUGGAUUCUAGCAGUGGCAAUGAAUGAACGGGAUUCAUCCGUUUUGAAAUCUCAGUUAUGGACAGUACACCCUUGGUUGCUCGCCCAAUUAUCACUGUUUCUUCCUGCGUUCUUCAACAUUUAUACACAACACUUGAUUCAACUUAUUCGACAAUUACAGACACAAGGUUCGACCAGCACCGCACGUAUACCGGAUAAUGAGACAGAGCAGAACAUUCCAAUCAAUAGGAUGCUCGAAUGUUGGCAAGCACUCAUCUACCAAUCUGACUCUAUGAAUGAAAAAGUAACUGAGAUACUUGCCGGGGAAUGGACAAGAUGCAACUCCCAAAGCGUCCCGGAGAUGACUGCUUUGAACGCAUGCGUCUGGAAAGAGUUCUUUGCGCGUCUAGGCAUAUAA